AUGGCCACGGUACAAAUUUCAGACGACAUUUUGGAGGGAAUCAAGGACAAGGUGGUUUUUAUUACUGGUGGCGCAUCAGGAAUCGGAAAAGCGACUGCAGAGCUAUGUCUCAAGCACGGUGCGAAUGUGGUCAUCGCCGACCUGAACUCUCUGCCUUCGGAUCUUGAGACCUCGGAGAAACUCAAGUUUAUAAAAGUGGACGUUUGCUCAUGGGAAAGCCAACGCGACGCAUUUAUUCAGACCGCAGAAUGGUUCGGUCGAAUUGACCACGUCUUCGCCAAUGCAGGCGUCGGGCCAACGAUGAACUUCAUGGAUGACGGCCUUGAUGAAAAUGGCCAACCUACCCCUCCCGAUCUACGGACGAUCAAUGUCAAUCUUCUGGGUGUCCUCUCCACCGUUCGUCUAGCCACACAUUACAUCCAGAAGCACUCCGCACAUCGUGCACCUGGAGAGCUCGGCAGUAUCGUGGUCGCUGCUUCUACGGCUUCGUUCCAAAACUUCAGCGCUGGUGAUUAUACGAUCACGAAACAUGGUGUUCUAGGACUCGUCCGUGGGAUAGGGUGUCAAAUUGAGGGAAAGGUUCGACUCAAUGCUAUUGCCCCUUCUUGGACGGCAACUAGAAUGAUUGAUGCUGGUUUUAUUGAGGGGCUUGGUGUCGGCGUUCAGGGACCGGACGUUGUGGCUCGGAGUGUGGCCCUGCUUUUCAACGAUCAUCAGCGUCAUGGGGAUGUUAUAUACAGUUGGGACGGGAAAUAUCUAGAGGUUAACAAGGCAGAGGAUGGAUUGCUGGCUUUUGCAGAUAGGCUCCUUGUGAAUUCGGCUAAUGAGGAAACCGUUGUAUGGAAAAUGAGAGAAGAGAAGAUGAUCGCCUAG